CACAGACUGUAAGACAAACACAAUAUUUUGUGCGAAAAACUGCUGUUUUUUCACUCGUAAUGCAAAAACAUUGCAAAUAAUAUAACGAGUGGUUUGUAAUAGUAAUACACAUUAUUGUUGUGUUGUAUCACAUAUUGUGUCAUAUAUUGUAUUAAUCAUAAUCACAAGUGAUAUACACAUUGUGUGCAGACAUCAGUGCUUCUCAUCAGUGAAGACAAGCCAUCGAUUGAUCACUUGAUCGGAUCUAAUGGUGAAUAUGACGACAAUAAGUCGUGAAUCGCUCCCAAAUCGAUUGUCGGGACGUCCGUCGAGUCCGAAGAGUCAGUUGGAGACCGAGAAGAGGAUCCGUCGAGAGAUCGCUAACUCUAAUGAAAGACGACGAAUGCAGAGCAUUAACGCCGGCUUCCAGUCUUUGCGGACAUUACUUCCUCAUCACGACGGAGAGAAACUGAGCAAAGCGGCGAUAUUACAACACACGGCUGACUAUAUCUAUCAGUUAGAACAGGAGAAGACCCGACUCUUAGCUCAAAACUGUCAAUUGAAGCGAUUGGUUAACAAUCAAAUGGCACCCGAGAGUGAACUCUCCAACGAUAACUCGCCUCUUCAUAAGCGGAUCAAACUGGAGAAGACACCGCUGGCCACCAAUGGUGUCGACUCUUGCGACUCAUCAGAUGAGGUGUUCUGUCGCAGCCCUAAGUCGGCCACCACUUCAAUGGUCGACUCGACCGAACCCACAUCCGAUGACCUGAAGCGCGAAAUGGUUGAACUCAGGCUACAGUUGGACAGAGAAAGACGUCUGCGAAUGACACUCGAAGACCAGACCCGAGCCCUCGAAACUCAAUUAUAUCCCGAAAAGAUCCGAGAGAUCGCACAUAACGUUCAGUAUCACUACAAACCAGUGAAACACAACGAUAUGUCGAGUAGUUCUCAAGAGUUGACAGAAUCAGACGUGGCUGCAGACGAAGUGAUCGGCGAAACGAUCGAAAUCGAGACCAACAGUUGUCCGGCCAGUCCUCAGAUGUGUGGCAUCUCUGCUCCCAAAUGCUUCACAACACCCGUCACCUCAUCCAUCAAAACAGAGGUCAUCGAUGGCCACACAGACGUUGAACCGCAGGACCUGUCGUCCAAAUCGAACAGUUGUUCGCCCAAAAAGACGAAGACGUGUUCUCAACCGGCGGCCAUCGCUCUACCAAUUGAUGUCCCGUUCAUUGCCAGCGAAGCCAUCGACAGAGGCGUCACACUUGAGAUCAUAGACCCGGUAAAUGGCAGUUACGGAAGUACUUCUCGGCAAAACCUGGACACCAUUGUGGAGGCCAUCCGACACCUGGAGGGCGACCAUCUCUUCAGAGACGACGACAGCGGUUCAGUUGUGUUGAAACAAAUACCCGAAGAGUUGGACGAAACGGCGUCGACGAACGCAACCCUAUCGCCAGCAUUGAGGACAGUGUUGACGAUGAGUCCGGAACAGUUCGGCGCUAUCAGACAUCAGGUGAUCCAAUUGCAGAGACCCAACGUUAUAGUAGCCAAUCACGCAUAGAGACGCACUCAACGCAUGUUUAGCGCCUUUUCCUCCCAUCAAAUGUGUUUCAUAUGUAAUUCCGAUAACAAUUUUAAACAAAUACAGUAUAACCCCGUUAUAAGCCGUUCGGAUAUUAGGCUAAACCCGUUUUAAGUCAUAGAAUAUUGAAACACCGAUCGCUCGCAUGGGUAGUAUAUAAUGUACAUAAUCGAGAACCCGAUAUAUUGCUAAACCCUAUAUAAGGCAUACUUUUACAUUGAUUAUUGCCUUAUAACGGGGUCAUACUGUAUAACCAAAAAUAACAUAAAUGUAUAAUUCAUUCAAAUAUCUCGGGUCUCUCUCUCUCUCUCCGCAUUUUUCCCACAACUUCACAGACUAUUAGUUAUUUUCUCAAUGAAUAAGUGAAUGAAAAUAUAGUUUAAGUCGUGUUUAUAAUUAUAUAAUUUAUUAGAUAUUUUGAUGAAUCAGUUUAUUAUCUUUACUUAAGAUUACAUUUUGAUUGAUAUGUUUUAAUGAAUAGUAAUUAAUUGAAUAGCCGUUUGGAAAUUUCAUGAUCUUCUCAUAGCAGCCAAAUCUCCCUUCAAUUGAAACACAAAUCAACAAAUGUUUGAAAAUUCAAUUAAAACAUUAAACAUUGUAUAAGAAGCCGAGUUUUCUUUGAACUUCUAGUUUUCGCCACUCUUUAAAUGGCAUUCAAUUAAAACAAAUUUCAAUAUUUUUCUUGAUUUUACAGUUAUAUUAAGGAAAUGAAACUAAUUUUAAUCGUUUUCGCAUUGAUUAGGGGUUUGGUAUGUGAGGGGAGGAUAAGUGUAACUAUGCGGUCGACAGACAUUCUCUCUCUCUCUCUCUCUCUCUCUCU